AUGACUGACAAUGGGACAGAGUUUGUCAACAACGAUAUUGCAGCUUUUGCAAGGGAUCAUGGGAUCGAGCACACGACCACCCCGCCGUAUCAUCCACAGGCGAACCCCGUGGAGCGGGUGAACCGAGUCCUCAAGACCAUGGUGGUGGCAUUUAUUGAGCAAGAUCACCGAGAGUGGGAUCGGCGUCUCAAGGAUUUUAGAUUCGCGUACAACGCGGCACAUCAUUCGUCGCUGGGGAUGUCGCCGGCGUUUCUGAAUUUGGGACGCGAAUUAGAGCCGACCGUGUCGUUGCGGCGGCGUCGAGAAGGGCGGAAGGACCUGGAUCCGGGUAAUUCGGUCAAUUGGUCUGAGCGGAGAAAGAAAUUGGCGCCGCUCGUAGAUUGGGUGCGAGAGAAUUUAGCGCAGGCCUACGAGCGGCAGGCCGGCCGGUAUAACUUGCGUAAGCGACCGGCGAUUUUUGGUGUUGGCGAUUUCGUGUGGAAGAAGCAGCAUGUGCUGUCGUCGGCGGCCAAUUAUAUCGCGGCGAAAUUGGCGCCGAAAUAUUCGGGGCCGUUCGUGGUGACGGCACGACGGUCGAGCGCCGUGUAUGAGUUGGCUGAUGAGCCGGGUAAACCAAUAGGAAAGGUCCAUGCGAAGGAUCUCAAACAAUAUGUACCUCCCUUGUAG